UGGACCUAUAAGGCGUCUCUGCGCAUGCGUGAAAGCCUCUUUUACCGUGGGUAUAAUGGCGGGUGAAACAGAGAAGAAGGAGACGAAGGAGGUGGAGAAGAAGGAGACGAAGGAGAAGAAGCCGAAGAAGGCUCCGUCAGUCCCCGAAAGCCUCCUGAAGAAGAGGAAGAUCUAUGCUGCCGUCAAGGAGGCUCGCGCCAAGUCUCUACGGGCCGAGAAGUUGAAUCGGAGAAUCACCCGGAACCUGAUCUAUGCCCGAGCGCAGUUUUACCAUAAAGAGUACCGGCAGAUGUACAGGCGCGAGAUCCGCAUGAACCGCAUGGCUCGCAAAGCCGGAAACUUCUACGUCCCCGCUGAGCCCAAACUGGCCUUCGUUAUCCGGAUCAGAGGUAUCAACGGCGUGAGCCCUAAAGUGCGUAAGGUUCUGCAGCUGCUGCGUCUGCGCCAGAUCUUCAACGGCGUCUUCGUCAAGCUCAACAAGGCCUCCAUCAACAUGCUGCGUAUCGCAGAGCCCUACAUCGCCUGGGGUUACCCCAACCUGAAGUCUGUACGCGAGCUGGUCUACAAGCGUGGAUACGGCAAGAUCAAGAAGCAGCGUAUUCCUCUGACGGACAACUCCCUCAUCGAGAAGAGCCUUGGACCAUGUGGAAUCAUCUGCGUGGAGGAUCUGAUCCAUGAGAUCUACACCGUCGGCAGGAACUUCAAAGCCGCCAACAACUUCCUGUGGCCCUUCAAACUGUCGUCUCCUCGUGGUGGCAUGAACAAGAAGACCACUCACUUUGUGGAGGGAGGAGACGCCGGGAACCGAGAGGACCAGAUCAACAGACUCAUCAGGAGAAUGAACUGAAGGUGUACUGGGACAUCUUUUGGUUUAUGGGAAAUAAACGUUUAAUACACACA